UGUGCUAAGUGCCAUUGCUAUCCUCAAAACAAUGAUCCCUAAAUCCUGUUUUCUUGACAGAAAAAAAUGAGUGGCUUCAACAAGCAGAAGUUAAUCAAUAUGGAUAGCUUUUUAUAUUCGUCAAACUGGCGAACAGAGCUGACAGGUAGUGGAAAAAUUGCUCCUUGUGCACUCCUCCGUUCUGUACUCAACUGCAAUGUUGGUAUGCCAUCUCAUUUGACGUCCAAAAUCACCCAGUUCUUGUCUGACGAGGAAGACAACUUACCGAAGAAGAAAUUAUUAGACAGUUUGUCCAAGCUCAUUCAAAACAAAAGGAGGUUCAAUGUAUCUCAUCAUGUGAAAGAAGCUUUCAAAAGGAACGGUAUGGCUUUGCCGGACAAACUCUGCGAAGAUGCAGCACCUUUGAAAGUGGUCCUUACCUACAUUUCAAAUGCCCUGGCAAAAAUUCUGCCUCAAGGUAUUGUUGGGAACAACGUCAAACAGCUACAGAAACUUGCCAGGGAUUUACUUAAGGGAAAGCCAAUAGUGACAGUGGGCCAUGUGGUUUCCUACCUUCACAAGGGAACCUGCAAGGUAGGGUGGCUUGGACUAGUGCCAGAUGGAGCCCUUCGAAGCUACCUAGCAGCAUCUGUGGCAGUUUGGAUCGCCACGAAAUUGAUGCCGGAACUAAUGAAGGCUGCCUUUUAUGGCUGCAAGCAUGAUGCGACCAAGGUGCCAGUUUUCUUCACCAAACCUUGCUGGCAGAGCCGUACUGAAAGGGCGCUUAGCACUCUUGUGAAAGAUGGGUACUUACGGCAAGUGCCGCAUGCAGCAUCUUCUAAGCUCCCUGCGUUGAAGUUUGUGCCCAAGGACAAUGGUGUUCGAUGCAUUUUGCAGUAUCAAAAACGCAGAAGAGUAUUCAAGAAGAUUGAUAAGGAGCAGAGCAUAAUCAUUGCGUGUAAAGAAUUUAUGAACAAUAUAGUUGGCCAUUCAGGAAACCUCAGUGAAGACUGGAUCACUUUUAGAAAUAAUUACCUUGAACAGAAGAAAAAUAGUGAGUCGGAGCCAAUUCUUUACUACGUUUACGCAGACCUCAGCAAUGCUUUCAGCAACGUUCAUCAAGAAAUCGUCUUCAAAAUCUUCAAAGAAAAUUUGCAGAGGCAGCCAAGUACCCUACAGCUCAGAUCUCGUAAUCAUCACACAGGCUACAGUAUUGAUCUCCAGACAUUAAAGACACUAAAGGGUUCAUUCAAAAUCAACAAGUCUGUGAUUACAACUAGACCUGAAAUGGAAGGAGUAGUGAAAGAUGUAGUGUGGGAGCAAAAGGCUGUCUUUGGCAGGAAAAGGAUCUUCCAAGUUGUCAAGGGUAUUGGCCAGGGGCACAAGCUUACCAACAGCCUGUGCAACCUUGCUCUACAUCACUUUUACCAAAAUCACCUUGCCAACUACAACCAACCUGACAGCCAUUCCAUCCUUCUCAGGACAUCAGAUGAUUUUCUCCUGCUCUCACUGAACAAGGAUAUUGCCUACAGGUUCAUGUGUGAAUUUAAGGAGAAAGCAGCUGGUUACGGAUGGACGGUCAACCCUGCAAAGAUGAAACAAAACUUGGAAAACCCUGACCUCAAAUGGAUAAAUUUUAAUGGCUGCAGCUAUGACCUGAAAACAAUGGAAGUCCACCCAAACUUCGCCAAGUUUACCAUGAGAGAAAUUUUAAUGAAAACUCUCCGAAAACCAAAUCCAGGAGACCUUGACAAAAUUGAGAUGUUUUGGGCGGUGGUGGCGCCUCUUCGCCUCCUCAAGUUGCAGCCUCUCCUGUUCAGCUGCACUAAUCAAGACCGAUGGGCCAUCAUCUCUAAGGUGGCUGCUGUCGGUCAGUUUCAAGCCAAGCGCCUUGUCGCAGGCUUCUCCACAUUCGGACUGAACUCGGCCACCCUUCGAGCGGCAACCAAACUGUUGGAUGCGCUGGCUGCCUUGGUGUUGCUGUGGAUGCAACGUUCGUCAGAGCAGUGUCUGCGCCUUGUCGAAGUCAACUGGUUGAUGCUGUCCCCGCUGGAAUUGAGGCUAAGGUCUGCCUCAGACCUGCCUGUGAGAUUUAAAAUGCACUUGCGAAGGAAAGUGCGAUUUGUUGGCAGAAGGAUCAAACCAGAAGAUCUCGCCCAAUUACAACUUGCUCUCAAGGCUAAAGUUUGAUAUUUGAUUGAGAUUCCUGAGAUUUUGAUAAGUGAUAAACUUGAUUUUAAUAAAUUUUGUUAAUAUUUAAAGAUACGCAAA